CGGAGAGAUGUUGAAGUUCAAGUAUGGAGUGCGGAACCCGUCCGAGGCCAGUGCCCCCGAGCCCAUUGCCAGUCGGGCCUCCAGGCUAAAUCUCUUCUUCCAGGGGAAACCGCCCCUCAUGACUCAACAGCAGAUGUCUGCUCUUUCCCGGGAAGGGGUGUUAGAUGCCCUCUUUGUUCUCUUGGAAGAGUGCAGUCAGCCUGCCCUCAUGAAGAUAAAGCACGUGAGCAGCUUCGUCCGGAAGUAUUCUGACACGGUAGCCGAGUUACGGGAGCUCCAGCCGUCGGUGAGGGACUUCGAAGUGCGAAGUCUUGUGGGCUGCGGUCACUUCGCCGAAGUGCAGGUGGUUAGAGAGAAGGCCACCGGGGAUGUCUACGCCAUGAAGAUCAUGAAGAAGGCGGCUUUGCGGGCCCAGGAGCAGGUUUCAUUUUUCGAGGAGGAGAGGAACAUAUUAUCUCAGAGCACGAGCCCUUGGAUCCCCCAAUUACAGUAUGCCUUUCAGGACAAAAAUAACCUUUACCUGGUCAUGGAGUAUCAGCCUGGAGGGGAUUUGCUGUCUCUUCUGAAUAGAUACGAGGACCAGUUAGAUGAAAACAUGAUUCAGUUUUACCUUGCUGAGCUGAUCUUGGCUGUCCACAGCGUGCACCAGAUGGGAUAUGUGCAUCGAGACAUCAAGCCGGAGAACAUCCUCAUUGACCGAACGGGACACAUCAAGCUGGUGGAUUUUGGAUCAGCCGCUAAGAUGAAUUCAAAUAAGGUGGAUGCCAAACUCCCCAUUGGGACCCCAGAUUACAUGGCUCCGGAAGUGUUGACCGUGAUGAACGAGGACCGAAGGGGCACCUACGGCCUGGACUGUGACUGGUGGUCUGUCGGAGUGGUUGCCUAUGAGAUGGUUUACGGGAAGACCCCGUUCACGGAGGGAACCUCUGCCCGGACCUUCAACAACAUCAUGAACUUCCAGCGGUUUUUGAAGUUCCCGGAUGACCCCAAAGUUAGCAGUGAGCUCCUUGAUCUGAUUCAGAGUUUGCUGUGUGUCCAGAAAGAGAGACUGAAGUUCGAGGGUCUCUGUUGCCACCCUUUCUUUGCCAGAACCGACUGGAAUAACAUCCGAACUCUCCUCCCCCCUUCGUUCCCACCCCUCAAGUCUGACGAUGACACCUCCAAUUUUGAUGAACCAGAGAAGAAUUCGUGGGUUUCAUCCUCUCCGUGCCAGCUGAGCCCCUCGGGUUUCUCGGGCGAAGAGCUGCCCUUUGUGGGGUUUUCAUACAGCAAGGCACUGGGGUAUCUUGGUAGAUCUGAGUCUGUUGUGUCAGGUCUGGACUCCCCUGCCAAGAUUAGCUCCAUGGAAAAGAAACUUCUCAUCAAAAGCAAAGAGCUGCAAGACUCUCAGGACAAGUGUCACAAGAUGGAGCAGGAAAUGACCCGGUUACAUCGCAGAGUGUCAGAGGUGGAGGCUGUGCUUAGUCAGAAGGAGGUGGAGCUGAAGGCCUCUGAGACUCAGAGAUCCCUCCUGGAGCAGGACCUUGCCACCUACAUCACAGAAUGCAGUAGCUUAAAGCGAAGUCUGGAGCAAGCGCGGAUGGAGGUGUCUCAGGAGGAUGACAAAGCUCUUCAGCUUCUCCACGACAUCAGAGAGCAGAGCCGGAAGCUCCAGGAGAUCAAGGAGCAGGAGUACCAGGCUCAGGUGGAGGAGAUGAGGCUGAUGAUGAAUCAGCUGGAAGAGGACCUCGUGUCCGCCCGCAGACGCAGCGAUCUCUACGAGUCUGAGCUGAAGGAGUCCCGGCUCGCCGCCGAGGAAUUCAAGCGGAAGGCAAACGAAUGUCAGCAUAAGCUGAUGAAGGCUAAGGACCCAGGGAAGCCUGAAGUGGGAGAAUGUUCCAGACUGGAGAAGAUCAAUGCUGAGCAGCAGCUGAAGAUCCAGGAGCUCCAGGAGAAGCUGGAGAAGGCUGUAAAAGCCAGCACCGAGGCCACAGAGCUCCUGCAGAACAUCCGGCAGGCAAAGGAGCGAGCCGAGAGGGAGCUGGAGAAGCUGCACAACCGGGAAGAUUCUUCCGAAGGCAUCAAAAAGAAACUGGUGGAAGCCGAGGAACGCCGCCACUCCCUGGAGAACAAGGUAAAGAGACUAGAGACCAUGGAGCGUAGAGAGAACAGACUGAAGGAUGACAUCCAGACAAAGUCCGAACAGAUCCAGCAGAUGGCUGAUAAAAUUCUGGAGCUGGAGGAGAAGCAUCGGGAGGCUCAGGUCUCAGCUCAACACCUAGAAGUACACCUGAAGCAGAAGGAACAGCACUACGAGGAAAAGAUCAAAGUGUUGGACAAUCAGAUAAAGAAGGACUUGGCCGACAAGGAGAGCCUAGAGACCAUGAUGCAGAGGCACGAAGAGGAGGCCCACGAGAAGGGCAAGAUCCUCAGCGAGCAGAAGGCGAUGAUCAACGCAAUGGAUUCCAAGAUCAGAUCCCUGGAGCAGAGGAUUGUGGAGCUGUCAGAAGCCAACAAGCUUGCGGCAAACAGCAGUCUCUUCACCCAGAGGAACAUGAAGGCCCAGGAAGAGAUGAUCUCAGAACUCAGGCAGCAGAAAUUUUACCUGGAGACCCAGGCCGGGAAGCUGGAGGCCCAGAACCGAAAACUGGAAGAGCAACUAGAGAAGAUCAGCCACCAAGAUCACAGUGACAAGAAUCGGCUGCUGGAGCUGGAGACAAGGUUGAGAGAGGUCAGCCUGGAGCACGAGGAGCAGAAGCUGGAGCUGAAGCGGCAGCUCACGGAGCUGCAGCUGUCCCUGCAGGAGCGUGAGUCCCAGCUGACGGCCCUGCAGGCCGCCCGGGCUGCCCUCGAGAGCCAGCUCCGCCAGGCGAAGACGGAGCUGGAGGAGACAACCGCAGAAGCGGAGGAGGAGAUCCAGGCGCUCACGGCACAUCGAGAUGAAAUCCAGCGCAAAUUCGAUGCCCUUCGCAACAGCUGUACUGUCAUCACCGACCUGGAGGAGCAGCUGAACCAGCUCACCGAGGACAACGCCGAGCUCAACAACCAAAACUUCUACCUGUCCAAACAACUCGAUGAGGCUUCGGGUGCCAACGAUGAGAUUGUGCAGCUGCGAAGUGAGGUGGACCAUCUCCGCCGUGAGAUCACGGAGCGGGAGAUGCAGCUCACCAGCCAGAAGCAAACGAUGGAGGCUCUGAAGACGACCUGCACCAUGCUGGAGGAGCAGGUCAUGGACCUGGAGGCCCUGAACGACGAGCUGCUGGAGAAGGAGCGCCAGUGGGAGGCCUGGAGGAGCGUCCUCGGGGACGAGAAGUCUCAGUUUGAGUGUCGAGUUCGAGAGCUACAGAGGAUGCUGGACACCGAGAAGCAGAGCAGGGCUAGAGCUGAUCAGCGGAUCACGGAGUCUCGCCAGGUGGUGGAGCUGGCAGUGAAGGAGCACAAGGCCGAGAUUCUCGCGCUGCAGCAGGCUCUCAAAGAGCAGAAGCUGAAAGCUGAGAGCCUGUCGGACAAGCUCAACGACCUGGAGAAGAAGCACGCCAUGCUUGAGAUGAACGCCCGGAGCUUACAGCAGAAACUGGAGACAGAGCGGGAGCUCAAACAGAGGCUUCUGGAGGAGCAAGCCAAGUUGCAGCAGCAGAUGGACCUGCAGAAGAACCACAUCUUCAGACUGACGCAAGGGCUGCAGGAGGCGCUGGACCGGGCGGAUCUGCUGAAGACCGAAAGGAGCGACCUGGAGUAUCAGCUGGAAAACAUUCAGGUUCUCUACUCACACGAGAAGGUGAAAAUGGAAGGCACUAUUUCUCAACAAACCAAACUCAUUGAUUUCCUGCAAGCCAAAAUGGACCAGCCCGCUAAAAAGAAAAAGGGUUUAUUUAGUCGACGGAAAGAGGACCCUGCUUUGCCCACACAGGUUCCUCUGCAGUACAAUGAGCUGAAGCUCGCCCUGGAAAAGGAGAAAGCGCGCUGUGCGGAGCUGGAGGAAGCCCUUCAGAAGACCCGCAUCGAACUCCGGUCCGCACGAGAGGAAGCUGCUCACCGCAAAGCCACGGAACACCCGCACCCAUCUACGCCAGCCACUUCGAGGCAGCAGAUCGCCAUGUCCGCCAUCGUGCGGUCGCCUGAGCACCAGCCCAGUGCCAUGAGCCUGCUUGCCCCACCAUCCAGCCGCAGAAAGGAGGCGUCAACUCCAGAGGAGUUCAGCCGGCGUCUUAAAGAGCGUAUGCACCACAACAUUCCUCACCGGUUUAACGUGGGCCUGAAUAUGCGAGCCACCAAGUGCGCCGUGUGUCUGGAUACUGUGCACUUUGGACGCCAGGCAUCCAAAUGUCUUGAAUGUCAAGUGAUGUGCCAUCCCAAGUGUUCCACCUGCUUGCCCGCAACCUGUGGCCUACCUGCCGAAUACGCCACACACUUCACCGAGGCCUUCUGCCGUGACAAAGUGAGCUCCCCGGGGCUCCAGAGCAAGGAGCCCAGCAGCAGCUUGCACCUGGAAGGGUGGAUGAAAGUGCCCAGGAAUAACAAACGAGGACAGCAAGGCUGGGACAGAAAGUACAUUGUUCUGGAGGGUUCAAAAGUCCUCAUCUAUGACAACGAAGCCAGAGAAGCUGGACAGAGGCCGGUGGAAGAAUUUGAGCUGUGCCUUCCCGACGGGGACGUAUCUAUUCAUGGUGCCGUUGGUGCUUCUGAACUUGCAAAUACAGCCAAAGCAGAUGUGCCAUACAUACUGAAGAUGGAGUCCCACCCGCAUACCACCUGCUGGCCUGGGAGAACCCUCUACCUGCUGGCACCCAGCUUUCCUGACAAGCAGCGCUGGGUCACAGCCCUAGAGUCUGUCGUCGCAGGUGGGAGAGUUUCUAGGGAAAAGGCAGAGGCCGAUGCUGCAUGGGACCAUACUUCUUGUGAGCGUCCGCCCGUGUGGGUUGAGAAAUUACUGGGAAACUCUCUGCUGAAACUGGAAGGCGAUGACCGGCUUGACAUGAACUGUACCCUGCCCUUCAGCGACCAGGUGGUGCUGGUGGGCACCGAGGAGGGCCUCUAUGCGCUGAACGUCUUGAAAAACUCCUUAACCCACAUCCCAGGAAUCGGAGCGGUCUUCCAGAUUUACAUCAUCAAGGACCUGGAGAAGCUGCUCAUGAUAGCAGGGGAAGAGCGGGCUCUGUGUCUGGUGGACGUGAAGAAGGUGAAGCAGUCCUUGGCACAGUCACACCUUCCUGCCCAGCCUGACGUCUCCCCCAACAUAUUUGAAGCCGUCAAAGGCUGCCACCUGUUUGCUGCUGGCAAGAUCGAGAACAGCCUCUGCAUCUGUGCCGCCAUGCCGAGCAAAGUCGUCAUCCUGCGCUACAACGACAACCUCAGCAAGUUCUGCAUCCGCAAGGAGAUUGAGACCUCUGAGCCCUGCAGCUGUAUCCACUUCACCAAUUACAGUAUCCUAAUCGGAACCAACAAGUUCUAUGAGAUCGACAUGAAGCAGUACACGCUUGAGGAGUUCCUGGACAAGAAUGACCAUUCCUUGGCACCUGCUGUGUUCGCAUCCUCGACCAACAGCUUCCCCGUCUCCAUCGUGCAGGCAAACAGUGCCGGGCAGCGGGAAGAGUACCUGCUGUGCUUCCACGAAUUUGGGGUGUUCGUGGAUUCUUACGGAAGACGUAGCCGCACAGACGAUCUCAAGUGGAGUCGCUUACCUCUGGCCUUCGCCUACAGAGAGCCUUAUCUGUUUGUGACUCACUUUAACUCCCUGGAAGUAAUUGAGAUCCAGGCACGUUCCUCACUGGGGACCCCUGCCCGAGCCUAUCUGGAAAUCCCAAACCCUCGCUACCUGGGCCCCGCAAUUUCCUCCGGAGCAAUUUACCUGGCAUCCUCAUACCAGGACAAGUUAAGGGUCAUAUGCUGCAAAGGAAACCUCGUGAAGGAGUCUGGCACUGAGCAGCACCGCGUGCCCUCCACAUCCCGCAGCCCUAACAAGCGAGGCCCACCAACAUACAAUGAGCACAUCACCAAACGUGUGGCCUCCAGCCCAGCGCCACCAGAAGGCCCCAGCCACCCCCGAGAGCCAAGCACACCCCACCGCUACCGAGACAGAGAGGGCCGGACAGAGCUGCGCAGGGACAAGUCUCCAGGCCGUCCUCUGGAGCGGGAGAAGUCCCCAGGCCGGAUGCUCAGCACGAGGAGAGAGCGGUCCCCGGGGAGACUGUUUGAAGACAGCAGCAGGGGCCGGCUGCCUGCGGGAGCCGUGAGGACCCCACUGUCCCAGGUUAACAAGGUCUGGGACCAGUCUUCAGUAUAAGUCUCAGCCUGAA